AUGAAGCGUCCGUGCGGAUUAAUAACUCGUGAGAACUUCUCAUUCAGCAGUAAGCUGAUAGUGGGCGAGUUUUUGAUGCCCAAGGAGAGUGAAGAUGGCGAAAAGACCGUGAUAAAAGUGAGUGAAGAACUGAUCGCUGAAGAAGUGAACCGGCUACUUUCGCUAAAGCCACAGCCGCGGAACGGAGAGCGAAAACAUCGCGAAAAAGUUCCGCCUGCUGUUGAACCUCGAGCAGUUACCCCUGAAGAGGUUGCUGAACAUCAUGUUGAAGUGGAGGAAUCACCGCUGGAAGUUUACGAUGACGAGGAUAAGAUCAAGUGGAGUCGUGAACCGAUAGAUGACUGUUGCUCACGGAAAUCAGGGUAUGCCGUGCCUGACUUACCUCGAGUAGAAAAUCUGCACUUGAAUGGUGCCGGAUUUGCUGACGCCUUGAUGGUGCACGAAUUUGUAAAUAAUUUCUAUCGGGUGCUAGAAAUUGAUCCCGCCUCUUUGCCAUCGCUGAGCGGAUUAUGUGCUGGUCUCGCUGGUGACGUCGAACACUCGUUUGAAAAAGUUCUACAACUCACCCGAUCGCUCUUUCGACUAGCUCUCGAAUAUCCCGGAUUGCCGAGUGGGAAACGAGGCAAGACGCGACUCGGCCAAACCUUGUCCGAAGUGGGUGUGACCGAGCAGAACUACUCGGAGCUGAUGCGGUUAUUUUUGUCGACGAGAGAUUCGCAUGCCAAGAAGCUUUCGCAUCUGUUGGUGGAUCGAAGUUUCGCAGAGCUCAGUGGUGAAGAGAAGGCGUCGAUUUUGGCGUUCCUCUGCAACGAACUCUUGUGCUGCCCGAACAUCGUCAAAGAAAUCGACCGUAAUCUUGAGGAGGUCGGACGGUUAAAAGGCGACCGAUGGAUGCGUGAUGGAAAGGUGGGUCUCGAAGGCGCUUUUUUUUCUGGGGUUGUGCUGACUGAAGAGAGUUCUCCGAAAGCUGGACCAGAGCGAUAG